AUGUCGUCGAGAAAAGUUAAAAUUUUUGUCGCCGAAUUUUUAAUUUUUUGUUUAUGUUUAAAGUUAUCGUUUGGUGGAAUUAUUGAUAAUGUAGUGGAACAAUAUGCAUUUGAUGAGAGUGAAGAAAAUGUUUGUAAUCUUCCUGAUACGCUUGUUAAAGAGAUUGCUGGCUAUCAAAACACAGUCAACAGAAUAAUAAAAGAAAUCGUUAAUGGAAAGUUUAAAGGGAAAACUUGGGAUUCCCUUGCAACACUUACCGAUACCUUUGGACCACGAAUGACAUGUACGGAAUCUCUUGAAAAUGCAAUCGAUUAUGUUAAAGAAAAUAUGAAGAGAAGCGGUCUAGAAAAUGUUCAUACUGAGAAUGUGACUGCACCUUGGUGGAUUCGUGGUUAUGAAAAUGCUGACAUGGUCAAACCAUGGAAAAGAAAUCUUCCGAUUCUUGGUCUUGGUAGUUCAAUCGGAACACCAAGAGGUGGAAUUAUUGCAGAUGUUAUUGCAGUUGAAAAUUUCGAUGAAUUCAAAACAAUUCCUGAAGAUCAAGUGAAAGGAAAAAUUGUUCUUUUCGUUCCACCUUGGGAAGGCUAUGAGAAAACUGUCGUUUAUCGAAGUGAAGCUGCAAGUGUUGCUGCAAGAAAAGGAGCUGUUGGCGCACUUAUACGUUCUAUCACUCCAUUCUCUAUCAAUUCUCCUCAUACUGGUCAUCAAAAUUAUGCAAGUGAUGUUAAAAGAAUUCCUGUAGCUGCACUUACAGUGGAAGAUGCCCAAAUGAUGUUAAGAAUGUAUCGACGUGGUCAGACAAUUACAGUUAAUCUCGAAAUGAGUGACAGAAAUAAUGGCAAUUGUGUAACAAGAAACACAAUUGGAGAACUCGAAGGAACAAAAUAUAAAAAUACUUCAGUUGUUGUUGUUUCCGGUCAUUUGGAUAGUUGGGAUGUUGGUGUUGGAGCAAUGGAUGAUGGGGGUGGUGCUAUGAUUUCUUGGAAAGCUGUGGAAUUUCUCAAAGCGAUGAAUCUUCGUCCAAAGAGAACAAUUCGAGCGAUUUUGUGGACUUCAGAAGAACAAGGAUUAAUUGGCGCACAAAAUUAUUUAGAAGAUCAUAAAAAGAAUGAAAAAGAAGAGUUCAACUUCUUUAUGGAAUCAGAUAUUGGAACAUUUGAACCUCGAGGUCUUGACUUUAGUGGAAAUGCAGACGGUGCUUGUAUUUUGAAGGAAGUUUUGAAAUUGAUGACCUCUUUAAAUGCAACGGAAUUUUCACAACCAACAGACGGAGGCCCUGACAUAAGCUGGUGGACAACUCGAGGAUAUCCAGGAGCUUCACUUAUGAAUAAAAACGAAAAAUAUUUCUGGUAUCACCACUCAAAUGGCGAUAGAAUGGAAGUAGAAGAUAAAGAUACUUUGGAUAAAUGCACAGCUCUCUGGGCAUCAGCAGCUUAUGUCAUUUCUGAUUUGAGUGUGAAUUUUCCGAGAAGUUUGGAUUCGAAUUGAAAAAUCAAUAGGAAUUAGUUUCUUUAUUAUAUUAAGAGUGAAAUGAAUUUGUAAAGAUUCUCCGAAAAUUGGUUUGUCAGGAAAUUAUUAAGAUUACUUACCAAAAAUGACUGGAGAUAGAGGUUUUGUUGGAAAUUUGUUGAUUAAAAAAUAUGCUGUUGAUUGUUUACAAUUUAAGAAUGAAAGAAAACAAAGAACAAUAAAGAUUUUCAUUUCUUUUACAAUUUUCAAUGAAAAUUCUCGAUUCGCUCAAUGAUUAUAUGUUUUUUUUUCGUUCAGUUUCAGUUUUUUUUAAUUUUAUUACUUUUUAAUAUCUUUUCUUUUUGUUUAACCUGUUUAUUGCGUGUAGAGAGCUCGGAAAAUUUGAAAAACAAUGAAAAUCGAAACUUAAAUCC